UGCAACGCUACUGGCACCUACCACCGCUCUACUCCGCUUCGAGACCACAGCACCUCGCGCGCGCUCCACCCACCAUAAGCCUUCCGGCCUUCAGGGAGCCCAAGCCAUGGCGCGCAAGAAGAUUCGGGAGUACGACUCCAAGCGCCUCCUCAAGGAGCACCUCAAGCGCCUGGCCGCCAUCGACCUGCACAUCCUCUCCGCCCAGGUAACACAAUCGACGGAUUUUGCGGAGCUUGUAAACCAGCAUCCAUGGCUGUCGACCACCAAACUGGUUGUGAAGCCUGACAUGCUGUUCGGGAAGCGUGGGAAGAGUGGACUUGUGGCACUCAACCUGGAUGUAGCCCAAGUCAAGGAGUUUGUGAAGGAUCGGUUGGGAGUUGAGGUUGAGAUGGGCGUCUGCAAAGCUCCAAUUACCACCUUUAUAGUUGAGCCGUUUGUCCCCCACGAUCAAGAAUACUAUCUUUCAAUUGUGUCCGAAAGGUUGGGUAGCACCAUUAGCUUCUCGGAAUGUGGAGGCAUUGAAAUCGAGGAAAACUGGGACAAGGUUAAGACAGUCUUUCUUCCGACUGAGAAGCCAAUGACACCUGAUGCUUGUGCUCCCUUGAUUGCAACCCUUCCAUUGGAGGCACGCGGAAAGAUUGGUGAUUUCAUUAAAGGAGUGUUUGCUGUCUUCCAAGACUUAGAUUUCUCAUUUAUUGAGAUGAACCCAUUCACCAUGGUGAAUGAGGAGCCAUAUCCUCUGGACAUGAGAGGAGAAUUGGAUGACACUGCAUCUUUCAAGAACUUCAAGAAGUGGGGAAAUGUAGAAUUCCCUCUACCAUUCGGCAGAGUUCUCAGUUCUACAGAAAGUUUUAUCCAUGAGCUGGACGAUAAGACCAGUGCGUCUUUAAAGUUCACAGUUUUGAACACAAAGGGACGCAUCUGGACAAUGGUUGCUGGAGGUGGUGCCAGUGUCAUAUACGCCGACACAGUUGGAGAUUUGGGAUAUGCUUCAGAGUUAGGAAAUUACGCAGAAUACAGUGGUGCUCCCAACGAGGAGGAGGUUCUGCAGUAUGCUAGAGUAGUACUUGAUUGUGCGACUGCGGACCCUGAUGGCCGCAAGAGAGCCCUUCUCAUUGGAGGUGGUAUAGCCAACUUCACUGAUGUUGCUGCCACCUUUAGUGGCAUCAUUCGGGCAUUAAGAGAGAAGGAAUCCAAGUUAAAGGCAUCCAGGAUGUACCUCUAUGUUCGACGAGGUGGUCCAAACUACCAAACUGGACUGGCGAAAAUGCGCAAGCUUGGUGCAGAAAUCGGUGUUCCGAUUGAGGUAUAUGGACCCGAAGCAACAAUGACUGGCAUCUGCAAGCAGGCGAUUGAAUGCAUUAUGGCAGCUUAAUAAAUCAGGAUACAGUUGAGAAGUUGUUUGCGAUCUGCAAACAAGAAACUGGAUGCGUCAUGGCUGCCACAUAAAUGAGAGCAUAGUCGAAGUAGGAUCACAUCACAUGGUUGAUUAGCUUUUUCAGAAGUUAUUUGAACAGACAGACACAUAUAUUGUUGUCGUAAAGGAACCUGUGCUGUUGUAAUGUGACAAACAAAAGAUUUAUUACCAUGCAAACCGGCAUAUGUCUGUAGCCUUUUACAAGCACGGAAUUGCAAUGAUCUUGCUUUGA